AUGACUACUACUCCUACUACUUCAUUUCACUGUAUCUUCAAAUCUAUAUAUAUCAGACAAUUGAUAUUCAAUCAUGUAGGUGAUAUAUCAAGACAAUUAAGGACAGAUGAAGACCCGGAUGGCACAUCGUUAAAAGGAAGAGAUAUCAUCAAAUUACCUCAUCUUGGAAUGAUAUCAAAGUAUGGGUUACCUUGGCAAUUUGUCUGUCAUUAUCUACCUAAAGAUAGUACUCUGGUACUAUUGAAAAGAAGAAAAAGAGUAAUCACUGAAUACUGUUGUCAUCAAAAUGCAACAUUGGAUACACUUGAACGUCUAGUAGAAUGGUCUCAAGUGGUUGGAUUUGAUUGGAAGUAUUUAGAAUGCAAUAGUAUCUAUAUAAAUCAAGAUGUAUUGGAAUAUACAGUAAAAAGGUGUCUUGUUGAUCAAGAUCAUACAUUUCUCUCACAGGCAAUGUGGCUUGCUUGCAAAUAUGGAUAUUUCUCAACUGUCAAGUUGAUAGACUCGAUCAAAGGUGUACAACUUGAUCUAGAAGCAAUGCAAAACGCCAUGGACGAUGCUUGUAGUAACGGAUUCAUUGACAUUGUAAAAUAUUUACACUAUAACAGAACUGAAGGAUGUACUACAUAUGCAAUGGAUAAUGCAGCAAGAUAUGGACAUUUAAAUAUUUUAAAGUUUCUUCAUUUAAAUAGAACUGAAGGUUGUAGUAUGGAUAAUAUUUUAUAUAAUGCAGCAUCUAAUGGUCAUUUAGAUAUUGUCAAAUUUUUAUAUAAACAUAGAACCGAGGAAUACUCUUGUUAUGCUAUGGAUCUGGCCUCUCGCAAUGGAUACAUUGAUGUUGUAAAGUACCUUUAUGAGCACAAAACUGAAGGUGCAACCAAUGCUUUGGAUUGGGCUGCUGAGUGUGGCAACAUUGAUGUAGUAAAGUACCUUCAUGAGCAGCGUAGUGAAGAUGCGACUACCUAUGCUAUGGAAAUAGCAUCAAGAGAAGGAUUCAUAGAUAUUGUAAAAUACCUUCAUGAGCAUCGUACUGAAGGUGCAACCACCAGAGCUAUGGAUUGGGCUGCUGAGUGUGGCAGAAUGGAGGUUGUAAAGUAUCUUCAUUUCAAUUGUACAGAAGGUGCAACUACCGAUGCUAUGGAUAUGGCAGCUAAAAAUGGUCACAUUGAAGUGGUAAAGUUCCUUUUUGAGAAUCGCAGUGAAGGAUGUUCAGAAUCGGCUAUGGACUAUCCUGCUAGGAAUGGAGACAUUGAACUAUUCCAAGACGAUAGAUAG